CCCAGACGGGAAGGAGGGCAAGUGGGCGGUUUAUGAUUCUGCCCUGUGCCGAGACGACAGAGCCGAACCCUUUGAUUUCUCCCAAGUAACGUGUGGGUGAACUUUAAACUGGGGACCUGCUUGAUUCUGGAUCUUUUGCUGCCGGGUGGGGAGUUAGCGCCUCCACCAGAAGCUGGCUUUCUGCCUUCAAAAGGAAGGAUGCCCUGGAGAGGCGUAGCAUUACAUUUAGGGAUGCUAGCCAUACAGCCAAGUGUCGGGGUACCUUGGCUCUUCUUUGCAAAGUCGUGGCAAGUGUGUCUUAAAUGACCACAGUGUUUCAUUUUUAAAAGCUUGUACUUCUCUUUAUUUUUAUUUUUUUUUGCCUGUGGACCUCUCUCCAGAAAUUGGUGCUGCAGUGUGGCUAGAGUAAACCAUUUUUUAAAAAAUAUAUUUUUAAUCCUUCAUUUUCCUUUUUCUUUUAAUUGGGCACACAGAAGCACAAUGCCUGCCCGACUCUCAGCGUUGUCUGGGUAAGUGGGAAGGGGCAGGCUCCUCUCAAGGCCCUGGGCCAAUUCUAAAAAGCCGGCUUUUUGUUUGUUGGGCUGCCCUUUGUCUCUGGAGGAUUUUGAUGCGAAAGAAGAUGAAAAAGGAAGGCGCCUCAGGUUCCUUCAGACUCAAGGCAAACCCAGGCUCUCUCUCACGUGCUGUGAGUUGGAUAAAUUUCUCCUCCCUGUCCAGGCAGACAAAGAGGCUGUUUCACAGUGACGGAGAGCUGUCCGUUUGUGGGCAGCAGGUGGAAGCAGAUGACGAGAACUGGACAUACAGAACCAGAAAAGCGGUUUCCAACCUAGACGAGGAGAGCCGAUGGACUGUCCACUACACGGCACCAUGGCAUCAGCAGGAGAAUGUUUUCCUUCCCGCUACAAGACCCCCCUGUGUUGAGGACCUGCACCGCCAAGCCAAACUGAACCUCAAAUCAGUGCUGAGAGAAUGUGACAAGCUGAGGCGGGAUGGAUGCCGAAGUUCUCAGUACUAUUCUCAGGGACCCACCUUUGCAGCCAGCUCCAGCCCGUGCGAUGAUUAUCAAGAUGAGGAUGUGGAAACAGAGCGGAAGUGUUCUGUCUCUUCAUCUGAAGAAGAAAGAUUUAUCAGCAUCAGGCGACCUCGAACGCCAACCUCAGCUGACGUCUCCGACCUUCACACUCAGACAAACUGGACCAAGUCCCUGCCGCUGCCAACACCAGAAGAGAAGACGCGGCAGCAAGCCCAGGCAGUCCAGGCUGAUGUGGUUCCUAUUAACAUAACUGGGGAGAAUUUCGAUCGUCAGGCCAGCCUUCGGCGGUCUCUAAUUUACACAGACACUCUGGUAAGACGACCGAAGAAAGUCAAAAGGAGAAAGACUAUUUCAGGAAUCCCUGACAUCAUUCAGAAGGAGCUAGAUAACAGGCCUCUUUCUGCUUUAUCUCCAGCAUCAGUCACUGGUCAAGACGAUGAUGGUAGUGGUCAUUUGAAGUACACCCCAGACCACUACUCCACACUAGGCAGGCUUGAUAGCUAUCGGUCUACAGGGCAGUGCUCGGAAACCAGGGACUCCAGCUGUCAGACCGAAGAUGUGAAAGUCAUCCCACCAUCGAUGAGGAGGAUCAGGGCCCACAAAGGGCUAGGCAUUGCUGCCCAGAUGAGCCACCUCUCGGGCUCCUCUGGCAACAUGUCUGUGCUGAGCGACUCGGCGGGUAUUGUCUUCCCGUCUCGCCUCCAUAGUGAUGCUGAUUUCCACAGCCUCCCACGUUCUGGCGCGAGAGCGAGCUCCUAUUCACUGGAGGCAAGGAUGGGCGCCCUGGGAUCUGCUGACGAUAUGGAGGACACUUCUCCCUACCAGAGGGGUAGCUCACAGGGACAUGAAAACUUUGCACAUUUGGGAGGUGCCUCGCGGUCUGGAAUGCUUUCGCGGCCCAAAUCGCAGCAACUGACAUUCUUGGAGAGUGAAAACAUCGCAAGUCCAGCCUGUGUGGUCUCCCCUCACGCAGCCUACUCCACCAGCGUCAUCCCCAAUGCCACACUGCUGUCCUCUUCAGAGGUCAUUGUUAUUCACACUGCCCAGAGUGCCGGGCAGCUGGACAGUAGAAUGCCUGGCUCGUCCACAUACUCAAAGAUAAAACCCAGAGACCGCCCUGCACUCCGAUGUUCUGUGAAAGAUGGCCACCUGUCUCCCAGUCACCACUGGAGUGAGAGCCAUAUAAUUCAUUCUUCUGCCCCCAGUGCCACCACACUGUUAGCCCUCUGCGAUUCAGAGGGCUCUCUAAAUGCCCCAGCCAAUCGGGAGAAUGGGCCUCAAGCCAUACCGUAUCAUUGUAGAAACAGCCUGAACUUUCCUGCCCACCCCCCAGAUGUGGAUGGUAAGAGCGAGUCUAGUUAUUCAGGGGACAGGGGGCAUGGCGGCUCUGAGCCCUGGGACUAUAAAGCCUCCAGCAAUGGGCGGGCAUCCCCACUGAAGCCACACCUGGCCACACCUAGUUGUUCUACUCCCACGAGUAACAUGAGCAGCUGCAGUUUGGACCAAACAUCUGUCAAGGAGGAUGCCAGGUCCCUGUAUUCCGAGGACCACGAUGGUUACUAUAUGACCACCCCCAGUGAUGCUGGACACGAGACUGGGAACUUGUACAGUAUCGGUGACGGCUUUGGGAACCCCAGGCACAGCAUGGUCAAUGUUUUCGAUGGCAGGGCUCCAAGAAGCCAAGGGGAUCAGGCCCCUCCCCAGGAUAAAUCCCUUUCCAGAAACAUCUCUCUGAAGAAAGCAAAGAAACCCCCUCCGCCCCCAUCCCGGACGGACUCCCUGCGGAGGGUUCCUAAGAAGAACAGUCAGUCCAAUGGGCAGGUGCUCAAUGAGAGCCUCAUCGCCUCGCUCCAGCACUCGCUGCAGCAAAGCCUCGCUGGCAAGGGCAGCAGCUCCCCUUCCCAGAGCCCCAGCAGCGACUGCGAGGAAGCCUGGCUCCCUCGGUCCCGAAGCCAGAGCGUUGUCAGCGAGGGGAGCAGCAUGACGUCCACCACCGCUCCCAAUGUGUACGCCCUGUGCGGGGCAACGCCAUCGCAGAGCGACACAAGCAGCGUCAAGUCGGAGUACACAGACCCUUGGGGCUACUACAUUGACUACACAAACUUGCCGGAAGAUCCAGGGAACCCCUCAGGCGGCUGCUCAGCUAGCAGCGAGGUGCCAACUGGAAAUGGGCCCGUCGGUCACAUCCAAGAGGGCUCCAGAGUCCCAAUGCCCCAAGUGCCUGGUGGCUCGGUUAAACCAAAGAUCACCUCACCAGAGAAGUCACAGAGAGUCACCUCUCCAUCCAGUGGGUAUUCCAGCCAGUCGAAUACACCCACAGCACUCACCCCCGUGCCUGUGUUUUUAAAGUCAAUGUCACCAGCAAAUGGGAAGGGAAAGGCCAAGCCCAAGGUACCAGAAAGGAAGUCGUCUCUAAUCUCCUCCAUGUCCGUCUCUUCCUCAUCCACUUCUCUCUCCUCUAAUACUUCUACCGAAGGAAGUAGCACCAUGAAGAAACUGGAUUCAGCCCUAGCCUCACCCCUUGCUCCGCCUCCUCCUCUCCCCCCUCUGCCUUCUCCCUGUCUGGCAGACAAGUCCUCUUUUCUUCCACCACCUCCUCCCCUAGCAGAUUGCUCAGAGGGCUCUCCUCUGCCUCCCUCUCCGGUGUUCCCCCCUCCACCUCCAGAAGCCCUUGUUCCCUUCUGCUCCCCCACUGACAGGUGCCUUUCUCCUCCCCCCACAGCUGUUAGCCCCCUUCUUCCAAGAGCCUCGCCUCCUUUGCCAGCACCUCCUCCACCUUUCUUGCCCUCAUCGGAACCCCCUCCCGCCCCACCCCUGGACCCCAAAUUCAUGAAAGACAGCAAGCCUUUUUUCAAAAACUCUAGCCAGUCCGAAUUCCCCAGGGAGGCUCUCCGGCGGCCUGCCAACAAGGAGGAAGGCUGCCGACCCCCCAUGCCCCUGAUCACCACGGAAGCGUUGCAGAUGGUGCACUUGAGGCCAGUGAGAAAGAACUCAGGCGCCGAGGCAGCCCUGUUUUCUGAACCAUCAGCUCAGGAACAACGAACUCCGACUGCUCCACAGUAUCACUUAAAGCCAUCUGCUCUCCUCAAAUCCCGAAAUAGCAUAAAUGAAAUGGAGAGUGAAAGCCAGCCUGCUUCUGUGACGAGCUCGCUCCCGACGCCUGCCAAGAGCCAGAGUCAGGGUGACCAUGACAGUGCAACCGAGUGUGGGGGACUUCUGAGCCGCAGUGAUGGAGCUCCGUGUCCCGGGCCUAGCCUCCGGACCACUCUGCUCCCGGACUCUUCACCCAGCAGGAAGCCACCUCCCAUCUCCAAGAAGCCCAAACUGUUCCUGGUGGUACCACCUCCGCAGAGAGAUUUCACAGCGGAGCCCACAGAGAACGGGAGCGAAGCCUUCCCAGGCGUGCCCAGCCCUACCAGGGCAGACGGGGAGGCUGUGCAGAGCCAAGAGGAGAAAGCUAGUCCAGCAUCCCGAGCUGGUUCUCAUGCUACGGCCCCCACCCCCAGCAGUCCGGUUCUGGAAAGAGGAGCUGCAGGGUCCUUGUCCCCUGGCAGCGUGGAAAUCAAUGCCCCCAUGGUCCAGCCCAGUGCCUCACUGGGACCCACACAGGAAGAGUCAGCCAAGAGCAGCGUGGAUGAUGAGGGCAAUGCGGAGAGCUGCCUGUCUCAACAGGGCAGAGAAGCUGGGCUGCUGGAGCCCAACACAGCUGCUGCUUCCUCGGUCGCCGGGGACUUCUCUAAGGAAGAAGGGAGUGAUGGCGUGAUGACCCCCACUAAGCCCAGAACCACAGAGGACCUGUUUGCAGCCAUUCACAGAUCCAAAAGGAAAGUCCUUGGCCGGAAAGACUCAGAAGAUGAUCACACCCGAAAUCACUCUCCCUCCCCGCCAGUGACACCCACAGGCGCUGCCCCUAGCCUGGCCUCUCCGAAGCAAGUCGGCUCCAUCCAGAGAAGCAUGAAAAAGAGUGCCACCAGCAGCGACAACUUCAAAGCUCUGCUCCUAAAGAAGGGGAGUCGCUCGGACACCAGCGCCCGCAUGUCGGCUGCAGAGAUGCUCAAGUCCACCGACCCCCGAUUCCAGAGAUCCAGGUCGGAGCCUGCGCCAGACGUCCCAGACAGCCCGUCUAGCUGCUCCCCCAACAAGAACAGGAGGGCCCAGGAGGAGUGGGCCAAGAACGAAGGCCUGAUGCCUCGGAGUCUGUCCUUUUCAGGCCCUCGGUACAGCCGCAGCCGGACGCCACCCUCUGCGGCCAGCAGCAGGUACAGCAUGCGGAACCGCAUCCAGAGCAGCCCGAUGACCGUCAUCUCCGAGGGAGAGGGAGAACCUGCCGAGCCAGCAGACAACAAGCCACACAGGACCCUGGAUGCUGCCAGGGGAUGCUCUCUGGACAGACUGGAGGGGCAGAAGGUGGACCGGGACAGCCUGCUGUGUAGGGAGGAGUCCACCUCUGUGGAUGGAAUAGGAAGGGCAGAGGGCAAGGGUCUCUCAGAGCACUGUGGGGGUACCGAAGAGUUAGGGUCAGAACCUGCCUCUCUAGAGUGAGGUUGGAGGGAAGUGUAUCACUCUUGGAAGUCUAUGUGGCCUUUUCCUGGCUUGUGGGGACCCCACUCAGCAUUGGUGUUGGGGAGGUCUCGGCCUUGCGGGUCUUAGGACUCACUCGCCACGUGGCUUAAAAAGCAAGUAGAAGCUUCAACUUCUGAAAGUGCUUCCUGGGGAAGAUUUUUGUCAUUUGUUUUUCUCAAAAAUGCCGGGUGUGUGGAUAUGUGCAUUUGGAACAUUUCAUUCUAACACGUACACACACUAACAUUGUGUAUAGAAGUAAAAGAAAAAGUCAGAGCUAAGGUAGAACGUCAUGGAGACUUCUAGACCAUGAUGGUAACUGUUUUCAAAGCAUUAUGGGUAUGGAAAUGAGUAAGUUCACUAAGGAGAGAUUCGAAGCUGUUACUUCUAAGAGGCAGUGGGGCUGAUUCUUAACAUGGAACACAUGGAAGCCAGGGAGAGGCUGGGAAAUGGCUAAGCAACUCAUUGGUUCAGGUACUUUUCCGGGGGAGGGGCUUUGCUAUUGUUGCUGCCGCUGCCGCUGUGGCUGCUCCUUCCUCCUGCUCCUUCUUUUGUAAAAAUAACUCAAGAGGAAGUGUUGGGGCUGUGCCCUGUGCCUACUGCACACACUUCUAGCCUGAUGUCAGAAGCAUGGUGGAUGCUUUUCGUUUUGUUUUUUACAUGAAUUCCCUCGAGUUGCGGAAUGGGGUGAGAGAGCCAAGAAGAGCAGGGUCUCUGAGAGGAGAGGUAGGGUAGUGAGUGAUGCUGCUGGAUUUGGUUCCUGCUUAUUAAAUAAAAUAUUUUCAGGAUUAAUUCAGAAAACGUGCACUGUAGAGCUGUGGGUGGAACUUUUCCUUUACAGAGAGUUUUGUUUAAAAACCAGACUUUAAACUUCCGUGUGACAGCUUGUCACUUGAAAUGUCAAUAUUUGCUAACUUUUGGAUCUCCUUUUGGUUAUACCAAAGAAAAAUAAUACAGCUAUUUCCCCCCCCCCCUUGAACUGCUUGCAGCAUCAUGUCCUAACUUAGGUUUACCAAAAUCUAUUAUAUAUUAUCUCACUUUGAAGAAAAUGCUGACUCUUGUUAGUGAAAGAAACUGAUAAAAUUGGUAGGGCUUGGCUAUUAAUUAGCCCCGGGAAAUGAGUUUUUAGAUUAAAAAGAUUUUUUGCACCAUU